UAUUUUUGUUGCAUUAUUUAUUGCUUAAAAUGGAACAGGAGCAAUUGACUCACAUCUUUGUUGCUGUUACUCCCUGGAUCUUUACUCCAUUCCUCUCUCUCUCUCUCUCUCUCAAACACACAGUUUACUAUAAAUUUUGAUCAUUACAGAUUGUCUCUCUAAAGACAGUACCUUCUAUCGGCCAUGUCAGCUGGAACGAGUUUGGCAGUUGAAACCAACGGGGAAAAUGAGUCAAUGGAAAGCGAAUUACAAAAAGGAGUGAAACAUUUAUGUGAGAGAGGGAUAACAAAAGUUCCAACCAAAUACAUAUGGCCGAUCCCUGACCGACCCAAUUCAGGGAACGGAAAUUCUAGUGCUAGCAACCCCAAUCUAAAGCUACCCAUUAUUGAUUUUGCAAAGUUGCAAGGCUCCAAUAGAUCACAAGCUAUCAACUCCCUCAAAAAUGCCUGCGAAAAAUUUGGUUUCUUCCAGUUGGUAAACCAUGACAUUCCAAAGGAUGUAAUUGAAAGCAUAAUUGAUGUAAGCAAAAGGUUUUUUGAGCUUCCAUUUGAGGAGAGAUCAAAGUACAUGUCCACAGAUAUGCGUUCACCGGUGAGGUAUGGGACAAGCUCCAACCAGAAUAAAGAUGAUGUGUUUUGUUGGAGAGACUUCUUAAAGCUAAGCUGCCAGCCCUUGUCCGAUGUUCUUCCUCUGUGGCCUUCUUCUCCUGUGGACCUAAGGCAAGCGGUUCUUGACUACUCGAAGAAUACUAAAUUCUUGUAUCUAAUGCUAACGGAGGCCAUCCUAGAGAGCCUAGGAUUGAAGGAUAUUACUAAAAAUGAGAACGAAAAUGAUGAAUUUCGAGAAUUCAAAGAUGGGAGCCAACUCAUUGUGGUGAAUUGCUAUCCAGCAUGCCCUGAACCUGAUUUGACACUAGGAUUGCCACCCCAUUCGGACUAUGGCUUACUCACACUUCUUCUCCAAGAUGAAGUUCAGGGUCUCCAGAUACAGUAUGAAGGAAGAUGGGUCACAGUCGAACCACUUCCUGAUUCUUUGGUUGUCAACAUUGGUGACCAUCUUGAGAUAUUUAGCAAUGGUAAAUACAGGAGUUUAAUUCACAGGGUUCUUGUCAAUCCUUCAAAGUCUCGAAUUUCCAUUGCUUCAUUGCAUAGCCUGCCCUUCAACAUCGUGGUUCAGCCGUCACCAAAACUCGUCAAUGAGGACAAUCCAAGGCGUUAUCUGGAUACAGACUUUGCCAGUUUUCUUGACUAUAGUUCUUCCAGUGAAUCCAAGAGAAAGAGCUUCCUGGAGUCCAGGAAAUUGACUUAAGGGGUCAUGAAGUCUGAGCAGUUUUAUUUUUCCAGCACUGGUGUAGCGACGAUUAUUGGGAUGUGAGGAAUUUCUAAAUAAUUGACUUUUGAAAAUUAUGUUAUAAUAAAGGUUUUUUUUUUUAUGGGAUAUAAUAAAGGUUUUUGUUAA